AUGGGUUCGAGAGGAGCCACUGUGGUGCUAUCGAGAGCAAACAGGAUAAGAACGAAGCUUCAGUCUGCGCUGGAAGCCACCGUUUUAGAGGUGGACGACGUGUCGCACCAGCACGCGGGUCAUGCUGCCGUGAGGGGAAGUUCCGACAAGGAGACCCACUUCAACGUGAAGAUCGUUUCGUCCAAGUUCGAGGGUCAGAGCCUCGUGAAACGACACCGUCUCGUCUAUGACCUCCUCGCCGAAGAGCUUGAGUCCGGCCUGCACACCCCCUCCAUUGUCGUCUAUGACGCGUUGCAGAAGCUUGAAACUUUUCAGAUGUGA